AUGUUUGGAGAUGCAACUUCUAAGUCUCCUCUUGGUGUGUUCAAGAACUAUCACUUGAAAAUUGGAGAAUGCAUCAUCCAAACUGAUCUCACUGUCAUGGAGAUGGAAGAAGAGAAGGAUCUACCUCUGCUAUUGGGAACCCCAUUCCUUAGCACAGUUGGCGCUUCAAUAGACUUUCACAAGCAAGAAGUGAUCUUCACAAGGAAGGCUCUAAAAGAAGGGGAGGAUGCAGCCUCAAAGGCACUUGUGGGAGAGAAAAGAAAGAUCCCACCAGCUCAGGUUUCCUCAGCCAAGCCAUCUCAGCUCACUAUGACCUUGUUCCCCACCAAGUUUGAAAAUGGGAAGAUUGAGUACAAGAUAAGGUACAAGGGAGAGAUCAAGACCAUUCUCUAG